CAACAAUCCUUAACGACCCGAAUGGAUCGCAUGCCGACCCUGGAACUGCGAAUGGAGAGUUAUGAAGCCAGCACCGCUCCAUAGUCUAAUCAGCCCGUCGCCUGCACUGCUGAGGUUCCUAAAGUCCCAAGUCGAAUGUCCUCGGUCCCCGAGUGCACUCUCAUCAUGUCGCCGCGCGGUCUCGACGCAGACCCGCCGCCACGCUUCUGCCAGCAGCUUGAAACCAAAGGCGACAUUGCGGACCCAAACUUCUACGCUUUCGGCUUCGCAAUGGCCUGCUCUUGACCCUGCGUUGCGACCUCGAUGCCCGCAGGUGGCGAUAUUUCCACGGACUCCGAGACUUGAGACUCAGCAGUAUAACCCUUUCGUCUCGUUUCGCCGUCCUUUUACAAGCGGUACUCGGAACCAUGGGUGGGCUCUGUGGGGGGGCAGAAAGGAGAAACCAGUCAAAAACAACACACGGAGUGACCUCCCUCCGUUGUCUGGCUUCUUGGGCGACAAUGGGGGUCUGGGGCGAGUUUUGCGGCCUACAAACGACCUGAAACUGCGGUGUACUGAGUUUGACGAGUGCGGUAAUGUCACCCUUGUGAAUGGAGAGUUCAAGAAGAGCGAGCUCAUUGCUAAGUAUGGCUUGCUACCUCGCGAUCUCCGCAAGAUCGAUGCCUCUGUGCUACCGCAUAUCCUCGUCCGCCCCUCUGCGAUCCUUCUGAACCUACUUCACCUCCGUGUUCUCAUAAAAAACAACCGCGUGUUGGUUUUCGAUGCCUAUGGUACCACAGACUCGUACUCGCAGUCACAAUUUAUGUAUGAUCUGGAGGGAAAACUACGCCAGAAAGAGAACGCGGCGAAUGGGACGCUGGCAUACGAGUUCCGUGCUCUAGAAGCUGUACUCUUGAGCGUGACGCAAGGACUAGAGAGCGAAUUUGAAGGCGUGAGCGAGCCUGUAGUACGGGUUCUGCGAGAAUUGGAAGAGGACAUCGAUCGAGACAAGCUCCGAUAUUUGCUCAUCUACUCUAAGAAACUCGGCACGUUUGAGCAGAAAGCGCGUUUAGUGCGAGACUCGUUGACAGAGUUGUUAGAAGCGGAUGACGAUCUGUCGUCUAUGUACCUCACCGAAAAGUCGGAGGGGAAGAUACGAGGUGAGGAUGACCACACUGAGGUUGAGAUGCUGUUGGAGAGUUACCAUAAGGUCGCCGACGAGAUUGUUCAGGCGGCUGAGAAUUUGGUGUCAAGCAUCCGAAACACUGAGGAGAUCGUCAAAGCAAUCCUCGACGCAAAUCGCAACUCGCUUAUGUUACUCGAGCUCCGGUUCUCAAUCUUCACCCUCGGCCUCGGCGCUGGUACCUUCGUUGCUGCUCUCUACGGCAUGAACUUGAAGAACUUCCUAGAAGAAUCCGACCUAGGUUUCGGCGCCAUCUCCGCUUGGUGUACCCUAUUCGGCGUCAUUGUCUGCGUUUACGGCAUCAAGCAUCUGCGAAAAGUGCAGCGGGUGAGUAUGUGGGGCGAGCACGGCGUGAAAGCCAAGCAAAAGCGCACUUGGCCAGACUGGGGCCUCGUGGGUGGCCCCGGAGGCGCGGAUAGGGAAAGAUUAGGGAUGGGCGUCGCGGCGGAGCGAGAGAAAUUCGCUGCCAUCGCUGCGAGGGAUAAAGCGUGGGCCGAAAAAGCAAUAGCUAAGAGGAGGAAGGAAGACGGUUGCGGACCAUUGACUAAAAUCGAGUAAAUAGGCGUACGACAUGCCACCUAAUUUCAGGGGGUGUUUAUAGGGAAGAGUCUCUACUCUUAUCUUGUCGUGCGAUUUCUGGGUCUCUCUUCUCUCAAUAUAAGACUGGGAAUUAGAGAGUUGGUUCCUGCAUAGCGAAGGCGUUUCAGGGGCGACUGCCGCAAGGCAUUGUUACCGUAUACGGCUUUGGGGUUGUUUUGUAUGAGUUGUGUAAUCGUAGAUAUAUACGAGUGAGAUAAGAUAUAUACCGUGAGUGUUUCUUUUUUGCC